AUGAAACAUUUGGCUUGGGACAGCAGGGCUAGAGCUGACAAGAGGCCCUCCUCUCCAGAAGAGCAACAGAAGCAGAUGACCGUGUGGACGUGCGCGCUUGUCCGCUGGGGCCUGGCACUGCGAGAACGGGAACCGUCUCCCGUUUCCUGCUGCGUUCAGAAAAACAGGGCUGGGCGUGUAUUGCUUGGAGGGAACAGCGCACACACGAGCAGAUCUCUUUCCAAAAGCCAUCUCAGUCGCCCAGAAAUACAGGAGGAAAUCUACAGAAAGGACGACAGGCUCCUCGCUUUGUUAAAGGAUGUUUAUGUUGAGUCUCGAGAUCCCCCUGCGCAGGUAAAAGAUCAAGGUGGUGAAUAUCUUCCGUGCAAACAUGAGGAAAAGAGACUUACAAAACUAGGUCAUUUGGAGGCUCUAGAUGUUAAGAAGGUUCCCAAAGGCAAAAUUUCCAUUGUGGAGGCUCUGACACUUCUCAACAAUCACAAACUUCAUCCUCAUAUAUGGACUGCAGAGAAAAUAGCAGAGGAAUACAGUCUGGAACUGAAGGAAGUAACCUCUCUUCUGGAAUUCUUCAUUCCCUUUUCUAUUCAGGAAUUUCCUACUGAAAGCAGAAAAGCUAUAAAAGCAACAUAAAAAUAAUUACCAAAACCUUGUG